GAAACGCCCAUCAAUAGCAUUUUGAUUGAUUUCCGGUGUCUGAGAGAUUACUUAGCUAGCCAGCUACCCAAACAAUUGCGGUGGACCUUUUUUGUUUUGACCAAGUGUGAUUGUAACAACGUCGUUAAAACGCACAGUUUGAAAUUGUUCACAUAAAUGGGCGAUUUUUGAACUGGUACUUGUCUGAAUUUUCGGAAUUCCCCUCCAGGGAAGUGACGCCAGCGGAUGGCACAGGCAACACUUGUCGUGGGACCGAUAUAGACGGACAACAAGUUGAACCUCCAUGAGUAAUGAACCUGAACCCAUUCUGGAGCAUGUCUACCAAUACUGGUCGUAAGAGAUCUGACGGUGAGGAACAGACUGGACAGCAGAGUGGAGAGCAGCAGCAAAGAGCCAGUCCAGCCCGGCCUAGCUUUGGGAAGAAGCAGCUUCCCUCCAUCCCUAAGAAUGCAGUCCCCAUCACCAAGCCUGCCUCUCCUGCCGCCACGGCCCAGUUGGCCAAUGGCACACACGCCUCCUACGGUCCAUUCUACCUGGAGUACUCGCUGCUGGCUGAGUUCACGCUAGUGAUCAAGCAAAAACUGCCUGGAAUCUAUGUGCAGCCAUCCUACAAAUCAGCAUUGAUGUGGUUCGGGGUCAUUUUCAUAAGACAUGGCUUGUACCAGGAUGGAGUCUUCAAGUUCACUGUGUAUAUUCCAGAUAACUAUCCUGAUGGCGAAUGUCCUAGAGUGGUGUUUGAUAUCCCAGUCUUCCACCCGCUAGUGGACCCUGUUUCAGGAGAGCUUGAUGUCAGGCGAGCCUUCACCAAGUGGAGGCGUAAUCACAACCACAUAUGGCAGGUCUUGAUGUACGCACGCACAGUGUUCUACAAGAUCAACACCAUGGAACCACUCAACCCAGAAGCUGCUGUUCUGUACGACAAGGAUGUUCAGUUGUUCAAAAGCAAGGUGGUAGAAAGCGUCAAACUAUGCAACAGUCACCUCUUCGACCAGCCCAAGAUGGACGAUCCUUAUGCAAUAAGUUUCUCUUCAUGGAACCCAGCGGUCCACGACGAGGCGAAGGAACGGAUGUUCACACAUAAAAGACGGCCUGAGGAUCACCACAAGGGCCUGCAGGUGUCAGGACUGUCUUGGGUGAAGCCCGGAUCCACACAGCCCUUCAGCAAAGACGACAAUCCCCCACUGAGCUGAGCUGAACCUGUAGCCUGCAGUCCUGGUCAGCAGCCACUAGAGAAAGAUGCAGAGCAGAAUGCCACGCCACAGACUAGCUUCAGCAGCCGUUCAGUCGUGUGAAUAGGAACUGACCCAGUUGAAUGGACUUCAUUUUACGUUGCAACACUUGCGCUCAGCUUUAAACGCAUUAUAGGCAUCUUGUGCUCAAACAGCUAUAGAACUAAAAAUGUGUAUCUUAUGUAAGUAAAUCAACAAUGACAACUGGUUGUCUUAGUAACACAGGCUUCAAUGCAAUCAGAGCUUUUUCCCUUUAUUUUCUCUGCUCUUUGCACAUGCUUGGGUUUGGUCUAGACAGAUAACCACUCAAAGCUGGUUGAAAGGCGAGAAUAAAAAUCUGCAUUAAUUAUAGGUAUACUGUAUGGGUGGGCUAUGGAUUCAUGACUGCUUGUUAAGGUGGGCUCAGGACAGUUAUUGUUAAUUAUUGGGACUUGGAAUGUUUUGAAUGACUUCAGACUGAGGAUGGACUCGAACCUUGAGUAUUCUUUUAUGUGAUUUUUUUCUAAACCUAUUUUACUGUCAAAUUAGAGCAACACUACACUUUGGGUUGGGUGGGGUUGGGUGGGGUGGGGUGGGGGCAAUUUACAAUAUUUUGGAUUGCAGUUUAGUAUCUUUAUUAUUUCUCUUUACUGUGUAAACUAUAGAGGUCAGAUGGGUAAUAUAUAUUGCAGACUGCACAGCAGGCAAGUAUGGUUUUAAUGAAUAUGGUAAGUUCAAUAAUCACUUCUGUAUCUUUACAUUGCUUUUAAUUCCUUUUGAAUGUUCUAUUUACUCUUAAUGAGCUGAUUAAAGGUUUGAUGUGUAAAUAUAAAAAAUGGCUGCUGUGGGAAUGGCUGCCCUCAACAGACAUUGUUGGGUACUUGGCACUAUUUAUAUUGCUGUGAAAUGAAGUAAACACAUGCUGCGGUCUGGACUGUCGAAUUUGGCGAAACAAUGUGUGUGUGUUUCUCAUUUUACCUUUCCUAUGUGGAACCAAAACCUCAGUCAUCAGUUUGUGCUGUAUAGGCAAUGAGUUUUGAAAGCUUUUCUUUGAAAGGAAGUAAACUAAACCAUGCAUACCAA